UGCAGGUACGAGUUGCGCGGAAGGGAGUUGGCGAAUGAGCUCGCCCAGCCUGCGGGGAUGUGAUUGGCUGGUUCGGACGGCCAGCUCUGAGCGGCUGUUCAGCGGCUACUGGAAAAAGGGGAGGAAACGCAGCGGUUCCCCACUCAGCGCAUCUCCAUCUGAACGCACGGAGCCUCUCACAGGACUCAUGACCCGGACCGAACAGCAGAUGAACGGAGCUCCACAGAUGAAAAGAGAAGAUAUGUUCUGUCUGCGUGACUCUGGAGACUGCUUACGGGAGCAGAUGCGCUACAUGAUGAGGUCUCUGCAGGACCUCAGACAACUACGGAGGACGGUCCCCGCGGUCAAUCAGGCGCCUGCCGUGGCCGUGGCCGACCCGUUGCCCGCCCUGACCCGUCAUUCUGCGUUGGCGCGCGCUUGUCAGCAGAGGGCGCUGCAGCGAGAGCGCCGCACACGCCUGCGGAUGUCCAACGCCAGCACGGCCAGCACCUACGACUCCGCUUGCUGUCUGGCCAGUCCCCUGGAGGAAGAGGACGAGACGGAGAGCAGGCUGGGUCUGUGCUCGCCCAGCAGCGAGAAGAGUCUGGACUUUGACUCGGGCUACUCCGAGGCCUCAUGGCAGGACGACGGCGUGGUUCUCAGGAGGACCAGGAACGUUCGGGUGUCCUCCUCCGCCUGCCUCCGUAUGAACAGGGCCUCGAGUGGACGCGUCAGGCCCAAAUCGACUUCGGAUGCCUGUCUGGAGAGGUGGACGUCGUUUGAAGUCAGCGACCCAGAGGACUGGACGAACUCCCUGUUGACCAGGGGACGAAACCGCCAGCCUCUGGUUCUGGGGGACAACAGCUUCGCCGACCUCAUACAGAACUGGAUGGACUUGCCAGAUUUUCCCGAACCCGCCGAGCUGAAGCCGAGUUCUGGGCGCAGACUGGCCCGUGGCUUCUUCGUCAACAUGCGGAGGAAACUGGCGGGGAUAUCCAAGAGCGUCGAGGGAAGAGUACGAAUGAGGUCCGAGAACGCGACGCGUGUCAACAGGACUGCCAACGCGUCCAACCGCCUGUCUUGUCCGGUUGGGGCGCUGCCGCCCCGAGCCCCCUUUUUCCACCAGUCCCACUCCGGCCUCAACGAACUGGACGCAGACUUCUACCACUUUGCAGCGCUCAUGAAAUCCGGCAGCCGCCAGCCCAUAAUAUGCAAAGACAUCAUUGGCUACAUCUGACACGCGUCCGUAUCUUCUUUAAAGACACGUGUCAGGACUGGACACUUCUCAUAGUCACUUUAUUUUUAUACUGCCAUAUUCCCACCGCUCUGGUUUGACUGAUAAGCUAUUAAAAAUAAAACGA